UGGCUGUUGGCUGGCGAUCCAGAUAUCUUCGGGCCGAUCCCUGAACUUAGCCAGGGCGGACCUCCGAUAGCCGGGGGUGACCGAAAAAGGUUUAGAUUACGGACCUGAAAAGAAGAGCGAAAUGGUGUUUUGGACUGAAGUUUUCAGGUUCUAAUAGGAUUAAAAGGUGCCAUUUUGCUAUAAAGGUGCACAAAAGGUUACAGUUUUGUGAAGAAAACUUGAAGAAAGUUUGACCAUGUCAAGAAUUUGUUUGCAUGCUUUGAAUAGGUAUGGUUCUCAUGCUGGAUCAUCACACUUACAUAUGCACAGUAUGAAUAUUUCAAAGUUCAGGUGGAAUUACUUUCAAAUAGCAUCAUGCUUCAGUGAAGGAAAGAAUUAUGAGGCAAAAGCCUUACAUCAUACAUUGGAGGAAAAUGAUACACCAUUUCCAUUAUCUUUCCACAAGAUUAAACAAUGCAGUAAUAGUUUCUCUAAAAAAAAUUAUAUUAGAUCCUUAAACAGCCUUUGUUUGAUGAAAAAGGAUUUACAUUUACAACAUCACUAUCUCCCAUUGGGCAUGCCGUUUUCUUGUCGUUCCUACUCAUCUGAUGUCAGCAGCAAUACAGAUGGCCUUCAAAAUGGCAAUCCAACUGAUUAUACAAAAGAAACAAUAGAGAAAACUAAUGAUUCUGAGUGGAGUGAUAUUUUGAAUGAUGCUCAUCAGUUUGUGGUUGGUGCUGUUUCCUACACAGGAAGAAAAGUGAAGGAGGUUUCCAAUGAUGUAACUUCUUACAUGCAACAACUGUAUGAUUCACAUCCAUAUAUGGAGAAAGUACUAAUCCCUGUUGGUGGCACUAUGGCAGCAACAUUGCUAGCAUGGUUUGUUAUGCCUAGGAUUUUUCGAAAAUUUCACAAGUAUGCAAGUCGGAAUCCUUUUGCAUUAUUUUCGGGAGGCUCAAUUGUGGAAGAAAUUCCUUAUGAGAAAAGUCUUUGGAAUGCUUUGGAAGAUCCCGCUAGAUAUCUUAUUACUUUCAUGGCAUUUUAUGAGUUAGGUAUAAUUAUUGCACCAACUACUUCACAGUAUCUUCCUCAGGCAUGGAGGGGUGCAGUUGUUCUUUCUUUUGUAUGGUUUCUCCAUAGAUGGAAAACUAAUGUUUUUACCCGUGCCAUCGAAAAGCCAUCUGUCAUUGGCCUUGAUCGAGAUAAACUCUUAACAUUAGAGAAAAUUUCAUCUAUGGGUCUUCUUAUAUUAGGAGCAAUAGCUCUAGCCGAGGCAUGCGGUGUGGCUGUGCAGUCAAUUUUAACUGUUGGCGGCAUAGGAGGAGUGGCCACUGCUUUUGCUGCAAGAGACAUCCUUGGAAACAUACUUAGUGGUCUUUCUUUGCAAUUUUCAAAGCCUUUCUCACUGGGAGAUUAUAUAAAGGCUGGUUCAAUUGAAGGGCAAGUGGUAGAAAUGGGUCUCACAACCACAUCUCUUAUGAAUCCUGAAAAGUUUCCUGUCAUUGUUCCAAAUUCUUUAUUUUCCAGCCAGGUAAUUGUGAAUAAGUCACGUGCACGGUUGCGUGCUUGCAUAAAGAAUAUAGCUAUUCAAGUUGAUGAUUUAGAAAAGGUUCCUCAUGUCACCAAUGAGAUAAAAUCAAUGCUUUUGUCUAAUCCAACAGUAUCUUUGGAGAAGGAUACCCCAUAUUGCUUCCUCUCUCGCAUUGAAAAUUCAUUUGUAGAACUUACUCUUGGAUGCAAUCUCAAAAAUAUGAAAAAAGAUGAGUUAUAUGCAACAGAGCAAGAUAUUCUGCUGCAAGCAGCAGCGAUAAUUAAGAAGCAUGGAGCUAAAAUUGGCAGCAACUUGGUAUGAUCUAUACCGCAGCUGAUUUUGUAAGGACAGUUUUCGCACUAGAGGUGAUAUGUAGCUGUUUGAAUUUCUGUAAGGUGGUCCUCACGUCAGCUUUCUAACAGUGGUUCCUUUCGAUGCUGCUGCUCCAAUAUGGGGCAAUUACCCAGCGACUCUGGUUUGAUUAAAAUUUUUGAGUGGCGGAAUUUUUGUGUCGCGCGGAAAUAUAAUCAAAUAUGAUUUUAUUUCUUUUGCUCUUCAUCAGAUUUUUUUUUUUUUCUUUUCAUCUGAGGGUUUGUGCCAGCCUGCUUUUUCACUAUUUUGC